AUGGCCACCAGAGAUACGAAACGCAAGGUACGGACCAAGAGAGCAUUUUAUAUCACCUGGCAUCUUGUGACGAGUGUAGCUAAACAUCGGGUUAUUAAUGGAGUUAGAAUUUCACCACCAUGGGAUAUCUCGCCCCGAGACCACGGAGAGUUGUCCUCUCCAGAGAGACAGCAACCCGGGCCUGGUAGGCCCCUCGAUGUGUUUACGAGUCGAGGUAUGGUUACCACUCCACCUACGACGUACGAUCGAUACUCCACCAUCCAUCCACCAAUAGCCCUGGAACCAAUUGGCGAAUUACCACGGCAAAACUCUAGUAACGGUUCGAAAGAUCCGUUCAUGUCUUAUCACAAUUCCAGGCUAUCUGAUCCUGGAAUGCCCCUUUCUUUGGAAUCUGAUCAUUCUAUGGGGCGUAUGAAGAAGAUGAAUAACCAGGAACAUGUGGACUCCAUCCCAAGAUUCCACUUGAGGCGAAAGCCCGGGAACAGGGAUGAGUUUGACGGACCAACACAGCUGCUCAGGAUGCCUAGCCCAGGCCCGGCAGCCACUGAAAUUCCGGAAAAGGACCUGCCACAUCUGCCCACCUCAUUGAAUGUACAGGAACAAGUGAAAAUUUUGUGUGAUAUCAACGACCGCUUAUCCCGGUGCGCCUUUGAUUUUGUGGCCAAAUACCAAUUCCCAAUCCCACUGGAGCCUGAGAAAUCAGAAGUAAGAACCCCAGAAGACCGUGAAUGGACUGAAUGGGUCCACUUGCUCCGGAGACUUGCGACUAAGCGCCGCAUUCCUGCGCGCGUUUUAUAUGAUGGCCAAAUAAAACAAUUCAUUACUGUACUCGAAAACUCUUUGGAAAUGCGCCACACAGCAAAGAACCAGUCGCGCCCAUUGAGAGAUGACCGAAACAUCUUACAACUUAUAUCCGCCGGAACACAGGUCGCUAAAAUACUCAAAGACGCCCCUGCGAUGGAAUAUUUUGAUUUUUUGUAUUCCCGAACAGAAAGGCAAAUCCAUGAGCGACGAAAUCAUACACCUAGUUUCUUUUAA